CACACACACACACACACACACAUGCAGACAUUGCAGACAUUGCAGAGCAAGCAUCUUCCUUCCACACUCCAUUACAAACCUUGUAAAGAAAACAAAAAGUCGAUGAACCGGGACUUGACCAGGCCAUUCACAUCCUUGAGAAAAACAAGCAAAGCAAACAAUCCGGUACAGAACAAAGGGGGGGCCAACAGGUUACAACCUGAACAGAGAGUACAUCCACUGCUCAUCAAGUGACUAGAACUUGAGACCUCCAGACUUUCCAGAUUCUCUCUCUCCUCCUUCUCCUCCCCCCCACCACCCCGCGCGCGGCAACCUGCGCUCUUCCUUCCAUGCCAUGAACAGCGCAUGCCUCACGAGGUGCCGCCCUCGCGCGCCCUCCUCCCGGCUGUUUAGUGCGCCAACCGCGUCUCAUCGCUUGCUUCGCCCUCUUGCAGCUCGGGACAGCCGUCCAUUUUCCGCCUCGCCCUUGCGGCCGAAGCACGACGGUGACCCGAGGUUCAGAGACCUAGGCAAACAGAUAUCGGACGAGUAUGCCGUCGUUAGAGAACACUAUGACACGCCAAAGAACCCCAUCGUCCUCGCCCACGGACUGAUGGGCUUCUCUGAGCUGCGCCUCGGUGCCUACGUCCCGCCAAUCCACUACUGGCGCGGCAUCUCCGACUCGCUAAGCACCCUCUCCGGCCCGUCCAACAUCAUCACCACCUCCGUCCCGCCCUCGGCGUCCAUCGAGGACCGCGCCGCCAAGCUGGCCGCCGACAUCGCCGCCAAAGCCGGCGGCCGCGCCGUCAACAUCGUGGCGCACUCCAUGGGCGGGCUCGACGCGCGCUACAUGAUUUCCCACCUCAAGCCGCGCGACGUCAAAGUGCUCAGCCUCGUCACCGUCGCGACGCCGCAUCGCGGGAGCGCGUUUGCGGAUUACUUGCUUGACGGGCAGGGACCCAUUAAGCUCGCAAAUUUGUAUGGUCUUAUUGAGCGUGCUGGGUUGGGGACGCAGGCUUUUGAGCAGCUUACACAGCGGUACAUGGAGGAGAAGUUUAAUCCUGCAACGCCGGACAGCGAUGAGGUGCGGUAUUUUAGUUACGGUGCGUGUACGGAUCGGCCGCCGCUGCUGAGUCCGUUUCGGCAGAGUCAUUGGGUUAUUGAGGAGGCCGAGGGUGCGAAUGAUGGGUUGGUGAGUGUCGCGAGUAGUCGGUGGGGGAAGUAUCAGGGUACGUUGCUGGACGUGAGCCACUUGGAUUUGAUUAAUUGGUCGAAUCGGCUCAAGUGGACAUUGAGGAAGGUAUGGAUGGGGCAGACGAGGACGUUCAAUGCUGUAGCGUUUUAUCUUGAUAUUGCGGACAUGUUGGCCAAGGAGGGGUUAUGAGGCGGCUGUUGUUGUAUGAGGUGUGAGAUGGACUCACUUUGAGAGUCAUGUAUAAUUAUGCUGGCUAUGACUGUAAUCUCUACUAUGAGCUGUAUAAGAGUAUGACAGGGGAAAGGGAUGGAAAUGGCGAGCAAUGGCGUUAUGGACUAGAUGAAGUAGACGUGUAAGUAUUGAGACGCAUUGUAACUUGUAGAUCGGAAAGAUACAACAGGGAGAGGAGUCGAGGACGCCCGUCACGAAAGCACAUGCAUGACCAAAGCGCCCCAGUUCAGAUGCUUCGUACUAGUAGAUUGUGUGCAUCGCAAAUACCAAGUUUCCCG